GUAAAGCUGCGUUCAGAUGACAGACGUCUGUCAAGAUAGCGAGGCUCUCCGACUCCGAGAACGGUGGAACAGACCGUUACCCUCUUCACUCUUAUCAGGGAACACUAACGUUACCUUUCAUCAAAUACACUCUGAAAAUGUUAUUUAACCCGACUGGUUUGACCGAAUGUUUACAAGAAUGGGAGGAUCUGGAAAAAGACUAUCAACAAGUUCAGGAGACACAUCGACUUUACAAACAAAAGCUGGAGGAGGUUUCGAAACUGCAGGAUAGCUGUUCUUCUUCAAUUGCACGGCAGAGAAAAAAAAUAAAGGAUCUCAAUGAAUCCCUGCAGGAAUGCAGAGCGGGAGUGAGUCCAGAAGAUGUAAAUAAAAUAGACGAGAUCCAAGAUUUUAUAAAGGAAAGAUCAAAUGUCUUCUUUGAGAUGGAGGCCUUCCUUCCAAAGAAAAAUGAGUUAUACCUCAGUCUUGUUCUCGGAAAUGUUAACGUUACACUCCUUAACAAACAGUCCAAGUUUGCCUAUAAAGAUGAGUAUGAGAAGUUCAAACUAUACUUGACUGUGCUGCUCUUGUUGUUCUCAUUCACCUGUCGGUUUUUGGUCACCUACAGGGUUCUAGAUGCACUUUUCAACUUCCUGUUGGUGUGGUAUUACUGUACAUUGACAAUAAGAGAGAGCAUCCUCAUUAAUAAUGGCUCCAAGAUCAAGGGCUGGUGGGUGUUUCAACACUAUGUCUCAACGUUUCUCUCUGGAGUAAUGCUGACCUGGCCAGAUGGUGAACUCUACCAGAUGUUCAGAAAUCAGUUCCUGUCCUACUCCAUGUAUAUAAAUUUUGUCCAGUUUCUCCAGUACUAUUACCAGAGUGGCUGCUUAUAUAGACUCAGAGCUCUUGGAGAAAGACACAACAUGGACCUCACAGUUGAGGGGUUUCAGUCCUGGAUGUGGAGGGGUCUGACCUUUCUACUGCCUUUCCUUUUUUUAGGCCAUUUUUUCCAGCUUUAUAAUGGAAUUAAACUCUUCCAAAUGGCCCAGCUUCCAGAAUGGAAAGAGUGGCAGGUUCUCAUGUGCGGAUCUACUUUCCUCGUUCUGUUCAUGGGAAAUUUCUUCACCACUCUUGGUGUUGUUUACCACAAAUACAUGGAUCAGGACAAAGCCAAAGCUUUAUAAAUGACUGCGACAAAGGCACUGCUGAACUCUUGAUUAAAGCAAUUAAUGCUUGAAAUGUAUGUUUUUUUAUGUUUUAUAUUAAUGUUUGUUUGUUGUUCAACCUGGCUAAGUUAUGAUUUUUGUAAAUGUGUCACAAAGUGUAAGGGAUGGAAUGUAUUUUCCCUAAACCUAAAAUAUUUAAUAUUUUGCCUUCAUUUUAUAUUAAAGCACUAAGUGUCA